UCGGACUAGAAGACUUCGGUGUGUACGCUCGAGUCUCAUUCACCGUUUUAUACACAUUUGCUGUACGUACCAUAGUCUCCGUGUUAUGUUAACCAAGCCAAACGACACAAUAAAAGAAGACGACUCACUCACUAGAGCCAACAGUAAAGCCAUUUUACAGUGUAUUCAUGCACCAGAGAAAGAGAGCAGUCUCAAUUUGCCUCCGCUAUAAAAGCGUCUCAAAUAUUCCACUCUAAUUAACAAUUUAUUAAGUAAAUUGUACAAGAAUUAUUUGAUUUAGUCACGCAGUGAAUUUUGCAAUUUUUGUCACAAGUGUUAACAAAUAGUGACGAAAUAUUCCCUAAAGUUCUACUCAAACUACAUCGUGCUUCACAAGCUGUUACUUUUUAAACAUUUUUUUUACAAAAAAAACUCGACAAUAUUUUCCGUAUCGGAUCUUGAUCGGAAAUUUGUUCCCACUUCAUUUACUACAUAGUUUUGUUCCAUAAAAGUCAGUCAUUCCAAGAUUUUAUUUCCACCGUCACGAAAAUAUGUUGCCAUCAAGCCGUCAAAGUCAAUGCUAAGCCUAAAAAUCUAGAGGCUGGCUGACACAGAGAAAUAUUUACUUACUCACCAGCACCACCACCAGCAUUUCAAUUUUUCUACAAAAUUUAACUAAAACAUUUGACUCACCACGAGUGCAAAGCUCGUCAUUCCGCAUGCAUGGGUGUGUCAUUUCUACUCAUUUUACAUCGUUUUCGUGCGUAAGCAUGUGAAAUGAACGACUCCAAGUGAGUAAGCCGUGAGCAAAUAAGUGUGUUAAUGUUUGUUAAAAUUUUACUCGUGCUGCUGGCCUCCUGUGAUCCUGUAAAAUAAGAGAACAGGAUUCCGAAUCGGCGGAAGGAACAGAGCCACAAAGCAACCAAACCCAGACUAGACUAUAAUCUUCAUCUGCCCUAGGAAAUGAUUAUCUCAUCCCUUCUCCUCCCCAUGUUGCUGACUGCUUGAAAAAUUCGCGUACUGAAAAUGCUUCCACGUUGCAGUUUCACAACGACGAGGACGACGACAAUUUGAACCAGACGAGAAAAAGUUACGUAAAGCUAUAAGGAAGUCAUUUUACGACGGCAGACACAGUCGGAUAAACUUUGACAUGAAGAAAUAAGAAAUCAAAUCCUACCUACCGGUCAUAAAUGGCAUAACUCACAACAAUACAAGAAAUUCACUAUGGCGUUCCAGUCACACGUCGUGUUCUUGCUCAUGUGUGGAUUAAGCAGUGGUUUCGUCCACGCCGGUGAUCAAGGAUUCGGAACGAGAAAUUUUGCCGGAGCUUUUGGAACUCAAGAUGCCAUCGAGGAACACGAUCUACUGCAGGCCAUUCGGGUACCGUUUGACGAUCCGAGAACGCAAUAUUUCGAAGCUGGUUUGGAUGGAUUUCCUGCCUAUGGGUUGAGAGAGGGGGCGGAUAUCAAGUCUCACUAUAGGCUUUUCCUACCCGACCGACUCUACCGAGAUUUUGCACUGUUGGCCACCCUAAAACCGGAUGGGCGUAGAGAGACGUCCUAUCUUUUCGCCGUGGUCAAUCCGCUCGACACUCUGGUCCAGUUUGGCCUCAAGAUCUCACCCAGCGUCGUGGCAUCAUCACCGCAUCACACCAUCUCCCUUUUGUACACGGACGUUGGAAGCCAUCUCGUCACUCAGACCAUCGUGGCGUUCGAAGUCCCAUUAAUGACGAGGAGGUGGAACCGUUUCGCGUUAAAGGUCGUCGGAGAUAAUAUUACGCUCUUUCUAAACUGCAAGGAACACAGUUCUCAAACGGCGUACCGAAACCCUAAAGAACUCGGUUUUGAUUCUGCAUCAACCUUAUACAUUGGACAGGCUGGACCCAUUUUGAAGGGAAAUUUUCAGGGUGCGAUACAAGAGCUCAAACUGUAUGGAAUGCCGGGAGUCGCGGAAGUGCAGUGUGAUGAUUCUUUAUCGAGCUUUGGAUCUACCGAAGGAUCAGCAGGAGGUGUUGAUUUUGAUGGUGUAGAAUCCGAGGGUUUUUAUGAUUAUCCGUCGUAUGACGACGACUACGGAGAUUUUGGAGAGGAUGGGCAUCUUGGAAGUGGUGAUGACUCGAUUCCACCCCCACCGCCGAGACCACCCCCAUCGCCGCAUGACACCAAUGGAACCGACCACUUCAACCUGACCGGUCUCUUCGGGUCGUCAGACGCCAAGGAAAGCGGGGGUUCGAAAAGUGGCGUGCGUGCGUUUUCCCCCGACCCGAAUAAGCCAAAUAAUAAUGUCCCCAGACUGGUUGGAUCUAAUAAUAAUAACCCAAAAACUAAAUCAUUUUGGGGUACAGAAAUCAAAAGCCCGUCAUUUUACGAGAACGAGCCAUUCGACACUGGCGGAGUUGGCGGCGUGUGUUUAUGCAACUACACGGAAAUAGUUUCCAAACUUCCCGAAACGCUAAGAGGAUUACCCGGCCCGAUUGGUGAAAUGGGAAUCCAGGGGGAGGCUGGUCCAAUGGGGGUGAAGGGAGAAAGGGGCUUGAAGGGUGAUAGAGGCGACAUAGGGAUGACUGGACCAGAGGGGGUUCAAGGGCAGAAAGGAGAGCCUGGAUUAGUUGGGCCCCAGGGAUUGGUUGGCCCUCCAGGACCCCCAGGAAUGCAAGCAUCCCCAUCCUUCCUUGGAUCAGACCCGGAUUGGAGACCUCGAAAUUUACUUAAGGACACUCUUGGUGGACCCUCAUUGAUGUCGAGGUCAAUUAUGGGACCGAAGGGUGAAGUUGGUGAAUCCGGUCCAUCGGGAGCAAAAGGAGAAAGGGGCUACAUGGGAGAAAAAGGUGAAAGAGGACUCACUGGGCCUUCCGGUGAAAGGGGUUUGGCUGGUCCGCCGGGUGUUGAUGGAUAUCCUGGUCGUGACGGAGCCAAAGGAUCUCAGGGUGGGAAAGGUGAACGUGGCGAAAGGGGGUUGCCCGGUCCAGCCACUCCAAUCUCCUCCGACAUGACUGGCAUUCUCACCAACACGGUGGUUGAGCCUGUCAAAGGCGAACCUGGACCUCAGGGUGACCGAGGGUUACCUGGUUUAAAGGGCGAUAAGGGAGACAUUGGGCCUGCCGGACCUCCUGGUCCAGGUGCUGCAUUUGAUUACGAGGGUGAUCUGAAAGUGGUAAAGGGAGAUAAAGGCGACAUUGGACGGAGAGGCAAAAGAGGCCGACCUGGUCUACCUGGACCACGUGGCCCGUCUGGCGAAAUUGGAAUUCCAGGGUGGCCCAAUGUUAAUGGAAGACCAGGGUUAGCAAUUCAAGGUCCAAAAGGAGACAAAGGAGAGCCUGCCGUGCUGCCAGAUAAUUUCUUUAAAUAUGAAGUAUCCGGUACCGCAGGAAAACCAGGACCACAGGGACCUCCUGGUCCCCCUGGUCCACCCGGAAAAGUCGAGUACAUUGAAAGAACACCUCAAUAUGUCCCGGUUCCAGGACCGCAAGGACCACCCGGUUUGUCAAUUGUUGGAGAAAAGGGAGAGCCCGGACCUCCAGGCCCACCUGGAGACUCCUCCUCCGCUCGAUUUUCUGGGUCAGAAUCAUCUUCCAAAGUUGUUCCAGGUGCUGUCGUCGUACUCACGAGAGAAUCAAUGCUAAAGAUGUCCCAGCUAAGUCCGGUCGGGACCAUUACUUUCGUCAAAGACGAGGAAACCUUAUUUGUCCGAGUUUCCGAAGGAUGGAAACCGCUCUUGAUGGGGGCCCUUGUCCGAGCCGAACCCAUCAUGGCGCAUGUCGACUUGACCACGGAAUCUCCACCCGUGGCUCGUCCACCCUUUGAAGUGUCCAGUCUAAUCAAUAGAAUUGAAGGACCCAGUGAAUUAACCCAAUUGCGCAUCGCCGCCCUGAAUGACCCAUGGAGCGGUGACAUGCACGGAGUCCGCGGUGCAGAUUACGCUUGUUACCGUCAAGCACGCAACGCCAAUCUACAAGGAACAUUCCGAGCGUUUCUAUCUUCGUGGGUACAAAAUUUAGACAGCAUCGUCAAGUUUUCCGAUCGGAACCUACCCGUAGUCAAUACCAAAGGUGAUCUCUUGUUCAACUCGUGGGGUGAAAUAUUCCAAAACGGGGGAAAAAUUCAGACCAGACCACCCAAGCUAUUUUCAUUCGGGGGUAAAAACGUUAUGCAAGAUUUCCACUGGCCUCAAAAAAUGGUUUGGCACGGGGCUGAUCCCUCUGGCGUUCGAGCGCGUCAAUCCUACUGCGAAGCGUGGCAUUCAGACUCCUCUUCUAACGUCGGAUUGGCUUCGGACAUUUUGAAACACGAACUUCUCAUGGGUCAGGAGAAGAUUGGUUGCAACAAUAAAUUGAUAGUCCUCUGUAUCGAAAUUGCUAGUCAACACCACUACCGACGACGACGACGAGAUCUGGAUCAGAACAAUGAUGUGGAUGACGAACCACUCAAAAAUAUCCAACGCCACGACGAUGAUCUCACCUACGAACAAUAUACUCACUUCCUGGAACAGUACGAUCAACACCACCCCCACCACCACCCCCAACACCAUCACCAACACAAUCACUCUACCCAAUCCCCCAAUCCCCUCACAGUUGUUUAGUGUAAAUACUUAAAAAAGUGAUUUUUAUUACAUACGUAUGUACUUUCCUACUUUAAUUUUGUAUACCAACCAUUUUGAUGUAUUUAUGUACCCAAAACUUGUUCAACUGUAACAAAAUUUCAAAUUUUUUAGAGCUUUUUUCGAAAAAACAACAACAAGAAAGGGCAAAUUUCAUAUCAAUUUUUAUUCCAAAAGAGAAAAGUAACUGGGUCAAUAACAAAGAACAAAGUAAUAUGAACGACUAAAUAUGAUACGUAUUAUUAUUGUAUGGUACUCAUGCUCUGGGAUUUUACUAGGAAACAUACAUACUUAAUCGUAAAGUAAAUGUGUAAUUAAUUAAUUCGUCUCACUUUUUUUAUUGGGCAUAGUCCGUCUUAUAGGAAGUAAAUUUAAUAACUGUUCAAAUAGGUAAGACUAGAAAGUAAGAAUUAAAUUUAAAUUAAAUUAAAUAAUUAAUUAUUACAUGUAUUUGUAACUGAUCUGUCGAUUAGUGGCUAAUUAUCUGGUUUUAUAAAACCACUCCCACGGCGUCAAAUAGUUGCAAUUAGCGUCUCCAAUAAUUUUCACGAGUUUAUGUAUGUGCUACACAGCUUAUUGACAUUUUGUUAUGAAAAUAUGUCGUCAUAUCUCGUCGAGUCAUUUAUCAUUUAUGCAUUAUUAUUAUUAUUAUUAUUAUAUUUUAAACAGGAACAAUAGAACUUAAGUAAUUUUACGUGUACCGUCACCAUUUCAUUGUCACUGUCAUUACUACAUAAAUAUACUACUGAAUGGGUAAGUUAAGGACAUCUUCAGAUCAUGCAUAGAUAAGUAUGUAUCGACGUUUGUUGUAUCUCUUAAUGAAAUAAAAUGUGUCAGUGAUUUGUGGAAAUUUUAUAAUAAAAAAAUCAAUAAUUUCUCC